CACGAGCUGAUAGCGCCAAGAAGGAGCUCAUCGAUAGACUGAAGCUCCAACAUGGCUCGACUCGCUGUGAUUACUGUUUUCCUGCUCACUUGCCUCUUGUCCCCUGUCUACACUGGCACGUGGAUAAGUAGAGGUCCAUGUCCGGAAGGUCGAGAAGUUGGUGACGUUUGGCAGCUUGACGAUAUAUGUGCUGAAGAAAGAUGCACUAAGACAGGGGUCGUUGGAAUUAGCUGCGGUCUGUUUUCAAUUAACAUUGGCAACAGAAAUUGUCACCUGGAGUACAACAAUGAAGACUAUUACCCAGAUUGUUGUGCGCCUGUUAUCAAAUGCGAAGAAGAAGAGGAAAGUGAUGGAGAUGAUUAACAUGGAUGAGGACGUUGGCCAGAUUUUAGAUUGGCUUGGUUGAAUCGCCAAGGUUUAUUUAAUAUUUUAAAAAAAAAGGUCUUUUAUGGUAUCUCGUAUGUGAAAAUGUAACAAUAAAAGACUUGUAUUACACUAAA